AUGGCAGAUUCCAGUAAACAAAGUCUACUUGACUGGAGAAGACGUGUCCACAUCAUUGAUGGCAUUGCACAAGGACUUCUUUAUCUUCAUCAACAUUCAAGAUUACGCAUAGUUCAUAGAGAUUUGAAGGCUAGCAACAUCUUGUUGGAUGAUGAACUGAAUCCUAAGAUUGCAGAUUUUGGGAUGGCCAGAAUAUUUGGUGGGAAUGAAGUCGGUUAUAUGUCCCCAGAAUACGUCAUAGAAGGACUAUUUUCAAUAAAGUCUGAUGUCUUUGCCUUCGGUGUCUUGCUACUGGAGAUCAUAAGCGGGAAAAAGAACACUGGUUUCCGCCACUCUGAUUGCCUUACUCUUCUUGGACAUGCGUGGGAGUUGUGGCAAUCCAACAGGGUUCUGGAGCUGGUGGACUCGAAUCUAGACAUCCCUUCUUCCUUUGUGCCAAUGAGACUCAUUCAUGUCGGUCUCUUGUGUGUUCAGGAAAGUGCUGCAGACAGACCAACCAUGUCUGAUGUCUUGCUUAUGUUUAGCAAUGAGCACAGUCAGGUGGUUCCUCCCAAACGCCCUGCUUUUACCUCUGGUGGUAGCUCAGGCUUCGAGAUAGACAAAGACAACAAUGUUUCAGUGAAUACUCUAACAGCUUCAGUGAUGGAUGGUCGCUGA